AUGGCGGCGCGCGACGUGACGGACCGCUCGCACGCGCGCGGUCUCGUCUCCAAAGUAUCACAUGAGAGCUGCUCCGCGUCGAGUCGAGCACGUUUACAAAAUGAACGUACAAAAAAUAUAAAAUCAAAACAUAUAAAUAAAUGCAUAUAUCGCAGGGUCCUCGACCAGCUGUACCCGCUGUACCGCUGUCGCCGUACACGUACGGUUAAAUCUUAUCAUAUUGCAUACAAAAAUCCUACACUUGGUGUGAUCGCUGUUUGG